CUGUGACCCAGGACAGGUCACUCCUGAGCCUCAGUUUCUGCAUCUUUAAAGUGGGAUGAAGUGUUACCUGCUAUGACAUGUGACAGAUGCUGGCAUGAUGGACUGUCAGCCCCUGACUGGUGCAGUCACACCAUGGCUUUGGUCUGGGUCUUGCCACCAUGAUUGCAACCUGGGACAGACACUUCCCCUAGCCUUCAGUUUUCCAGUCUGUAAGGCCAGAGAGCUAAAGUGAGGGUCCCGUUGGAGUCACUCACAGAUCAGGGCCUGGCUACUGACAGGUUCCUGCCUCAGGACCAGUUGGGUACAGUCUUUGACUCUCCCUCCCACCAUGCACUCCUUGGACGAGCCGCUUGACCUAAAGCUGAGCAUCACCAAGCUCCGAGCGGCGAGAGAGAAGAGGGAAAGGACACUGGGUGUGGUCCGGCAUCACGCUUUACAUAGGGAGCUGGGCCUGGUGGACGACAGCCCCACACCUGGCUCCCCAGGCUCCCCACCACCAGGUUUCCUGCUGAACCCCAAAUUCCCUGAGAAGGUGGAUGGACGCUUUUCUGCAGCCCCCUUGGUGGACCUCAGCUUGUCACCACCAUCUGGACUGGACUCCCCCAAUGGCAGCAGCUCCCUAUCCCCUGAGCGCCAGGGCAAUGGGGACCUGCCUCCACUGCCUGCCGCUGUGGAUUUCCAGCCACUUCGCUAUUUGGAUGGUGUCCCCAGCUCCUUCCAGUUCUUCUUGCCCCUGGGUUCUGGUGGGGCUCUGCACCUACCUGCUUCCUCCUUCCUUACUCCCCCCAAGGACAAGUGCCUCUCACCAGAGCUGCCCCUGGCCAAGCAGCUGGUGUGUCGAUGGGCCAAGUGUAACCAGCUCUUUGAGCUCCUCCAAGACCUGGUUGACCAUGUCAAUGACCAUCAUGUCAAGCCGGAACAGGAUGCUCGAUACUGCUGUCAUUGGGAGGGCUGUGCCCGCCAUGGCCGUGGCUUCAAUGCCAGCAGGUACAAGAUGCUGAUCCACAUCCGGACUCACACCAAUGAGAAGCCGCACCGCUGCCCCACCUGCAGCAAAAGCUUCUCCCGCCUGGAAAACCUCAAGAUCCACAACCGCUCCCACACAGGUGAGAAGCCCUACGUCUGCCCCUAUGAGGGCUGCAACAAGCGUUACUCCAACUCGAGUGACCGCUUCAAGCACACCCGUACCCACUACGUAGACAAGCCCUACUACUGCAAGAUGCCCGGCUGUCACAAGCGCUACACGGACCCCAGCUCACUGCGCAAACACAUCAAAGCCCACGGCCACUUUGUGUCCCAUGAGCAGCAGGAGCUCCUGCAGCUGCGCCCACCUCCUAAGCCACCACUGCCCACCCCUGACAGUGGCUCCUAUGUCAGUGGGGCUCAGAUCAUCAUCCCAAACCCUGCUGCCCUUUUUGGAGGCCCCAGUCUGCCUGGCCUACCCUUACCUCUGGCCCCUGGCCCCCUUGACCUCAGCGCUCUGGCCUGUGGCAAUGGUGGGAGUGGGGGUGGGAAUAUGGGCCCUGGGCUGCCAGGCUCUGUUCUGCCCCUCAAUCUGGCCAAGAACCCACUGUUGCCCUCACCCUUUGGGGCUGGCGGACUAGGCCUGCCUGUGGUCUCUCUCCUGGGCAGCUCUGCUGGCAGCAAGGCCGAGGGGGAGAAGGGUCGUGGGUCAGUGCCUGCCAGGGUCCUGGGCCUGGAAGACCAUAAGACCCCCCCGGAGAGGACGGAGCGCAGCCGCUCCCGGCCAAGCCCUGAUGGACUCCCUUUGCUACCAGGCACUGUACUGGACCUGUCCACAGGCAACUCAGCAGCCAGCAGUCCAGAGGCGUUAACUCCUGGCUGGGUGGUCAUUCCACCAGGGUCUGUGCUGCUCAAACCAGCUGUGGUAAACUGAAACUGGGCAACCCAUCUACCAGCUGUGACAGCUCAUCCCCCGACGAACAGAAACUCUUCUGCGAAAUAGCAAUAAUAUCCUACUGCCCCAGGGUCAAGCUGCAGCCCCAGACAAGCUGGGUGGCAAGGUGGCAAGGAUGGUGCUAGAAGGUCUUUGCUGGCCUCCUGGCUCCAGAGUGAGGACCUGGCUUGGACCUGUUGUCCAAGAAGAGCCAUUCUCUUGGGUGCUAAGGCCCCACUCACCUCCACUUCCCUAGUCCAUAGUCUGGGUGAGGCCUUCCUCUGCCUGUCCUCCCAGGACCCUCAGUCCUGCCUCUUGUUCUGGUGCAUUCCUCUCUAUGACCAGCCUGGCUGGGCAGGUUUCCAUUCCUUCCUGCCUUACCUACUUGUCAACUAGAUAGGCCCAUGCUUGGGAAUUCUUUAGACCCCUUUCCCUCUGGUCCACCCUCUAGAGGGAGAGCAAGAUAGACACAGGCUGCCUCUCCCCGCCUGCUGCUAUGACAAGGUGCUUCCCUGCUUGCCUAGCAGAGAAGCCUGCUCUGCCAGCGCUUCUCUUUCCUGCCAGAAUUAGCCCUGCCAAAGGGUUGGUAGCACUUUCCAAAGAGGAGGGGCAGCUGACCACUCAGCCUUCUCCUUGGGAAUGUGCAAGCAGGUUCAAAAGACCACUGUACUGACCUGGUCCAGCUUGGCUUGGCCUGGGCAGUGUUAUUCUGCAGAAGCUUGUAAGGUAUUAGUCUACACCAGGUGGGCUGUAGCCUUGGGAAGCAGCUACAGGUUUGGGGGCUCCAAAGUCAUGGAAUGCAGGGAAGGAAGACUCGUUGGAAAAGAGCUUUCUAGAAAGCACUGACUGACGCCCCUGGGUGUAAGGGAGGAGAGGCAGCCAAGCACAGCAUUAGGAGAACCAACUCUGCUCGGGAAGAGCUGGCUAGAGAAAGGCUGGACAUGUGACACGGUUCUUCCCGACUUUCCAGUUGAACCCUUUUCUUGGUACUGCCUCUUGUGCACGAGCUCUGCCCAAGCCAGCGGUCCAGGGCCUGUGCUAUUCAGAAUACGGUAUAGCACCUACUUGGGGCUAGAACAAGGCAAGGACAAUGGAGGACUGUGUGCUCCACAGCUCCAAAAUGCUAGCUGUCCCACCUUGGCCUCUUGUCCCCUGUACUAUGCUGCAGUGGCUAAGCCCCUCAUGUCCCCAUCUAUAGAACAAAAGAGCUGCUGGAGUGGCAGAGGGGCCCUUAGCUCUGUGGUUCCUCUGAGCAGCUCUGCCUAGUCUUUUUCUCAGACUGCCCUUCUGUUUCAGAAGGGUCACCUUGCCCUGACCUACCUGACUGCUGGUCUUAGGACCCCAGCCCUGAUGGGGCUCGGCUGAGCUGGCUCUACCCCUUGAAGGGGCUGUGAGCAAGUUAAGGAGCUGGUCUCCUACCUUUGGGUCUUCCUAGGAUCCAAACAACCUCCUGGCUCUGUUAGGGCCCUAGGCCUUAUGUCCCUGGCUGGGGGAUGGGGUUUGAGACUCAAGCCCAAGAGCAGAGGAGCCGAGCACUGAACACGAGCCUGGCAUGUGUGUGACUCAGCGACAGACCGGGCUUGGAAGGGCUGCUAGACUCACUGUCAGUUUGUUCCAGCACAUUCCAGGAUUCAGUAUUUUAACAGGUUCUAAGUGCCUUUCUAUUGUAGCUUAUGGUUUUCCUCCUUUUGGCUCCAUUGCUGUUAGCAUAGAGUUUUGGUUUUUUUUUUGUUUGUUUGUUUGUUUUUAAAAAGAGAGAUAAGCUAACGACUAUAACAAUAUAUUCCUCCAUGUGAGAGGAAGUUUAUACAGAAACAAUAAAGUGAGUUGCAAAGGUG